AUGAUGAAAGGAAGACCAAGUUAGAUUCUAUGUACAUUAAACCUGAGGCUAUAGUAAAGGGAGAACAACUAGAGAGUGACAGAUAUUUUAUACUGAUAGAGGAUGAAAAGUCAACAGUACAAACUAUUGUGGAACCAGCACUCCCUGUUACCUGCCCUGUUAGGGUACCAGUAAGGACGGGUCUAAAGAGAAAAAGAACAGGCUUUGUUCCACCAAGACUUGUAAAACAAUCAGAAAAUGAAGGGAACCAACUGGUACCUCAAGAACCUAGUUCUGGGCAAACUUCUUAUUUGGAUCUUCUUAGGAAUAAAAGAACAAGCUUUCGGAAUGAAUCAGCAAACAAUCAAUAUCUAUUACAAUUAAAUUCAUCCCCACAUAACACAGAAACACCCUUAUUUCUUAAGUCAUCAAAACAGCAGUUAUUUUUAGAAAAAAAUAAUUCUCUAGCAAGAGUUUCAGAGCAAGCAUUAGAUAGCCAAAUCUUGUCUGUUGAAAAGUCUCCUCCUCGAAGUAAUCAGUUAUCACCAUGGUCGGCAUAUGGAAAUAAACUUAAAUCCCUCCAUAGUCCAGGAAAAAGUGAACAGAUUUGCUCUGAAAUAAAUUCUGAAAUUUUUCUAGAAGAGAUGUCUCCUAGGACAGAUGACAAUGACAAAUCUUCUGACCAUAAAAAUAUUUGUUCACCAAGAAAAAAUGUUAAAUCAGAAAAUACCAACUUCAUACAAAAUGAUAUAAUGGGUAGUUUUGAUGUUAACAAAUACGAGAAGUCUGUGAGUGGAGGACUAAAGUCAUGUGAUGAAACUCCAUCAGAGGAGCAAAAUUCUAAAAGAUCAAUGACACAAAUAAUGGCAUUGCUUGGAAAGAAAAAAUCUACACCGUCAACUUUGUCUUAUGUUAUGGAACCUAACAAGAAGGAAGAAGAAAAAUCCAACUCAAAUAACAUGAAAAAUAGAUGUAAUAACAUGCACAGCACAACAAAUAAGGAUUACAACAUCAUUGAUGGAGAACAAAGAAAAAAGCAGGUAGAAAGAUUGGAAUUCAGUAAUACAGAAAUGGUAGGCAGUAAAAUGUCACCUAACUAUAAUAAAAAAUUGUCUAUAGAAGAUAAUGACAGUAAACAGUAUUUAAAUGAUUCACUCAGAUCUAGUCAGGAAUGGUGUUCAGUAAGAGUAGAGUUAUCUCCCCUUACACCAAAUAUUAGUGUAGAAAAUCAUAAUAGGACAGAAAAAGAGGAAACAGUAACAAAUAAGAUGGAAUCAUCCACUGAUUCAAAACUAGAGACAAGUGAUGGCUGUAAGCCAUUGUUUUUAUCAAAUGAUAGCUCUGAGGUAUUGUCCCCAUUCCAUCAAAUCACUGAUUAUUCACAAAACAAGUUACCACUUAAAACUACAUUGCAAGGUUGUAAUAAAACUAACACAAGUCCAGGUAGACAAGACAAAAGGAACAAUACUUUACAUAGAAGUUCUGAACAUGAUAAAGAAGAUCUUUUUACAGUGGAUGAAGAGUAUAUGGUGGACACUAAUGAUGAUCUUGCUGUUAGCUUUGAUAUAAAUUUCUCUCCUUUGUCUUAUGUGUCUGAUUCAGACUCCGUCAUUGAUACUGCCGAGAGGCACUCUACUGUAGGAAACCCAGCAUACUUGUCUCACUCAGAUUCUGUAGUAACAAGUAAAGAUGGUGAUUAUGCCAUACUGGAAAAUAAUAGUUCUAAUGUUAGUGAUGUUAUGAACCCCAAUGAAAUUGAUAUGAAAGAACAGUUUAUUGAUAAUAAAAGUGAUACAUGUAGUAACUUAACAAAAGACAAUUUUGAGGAUUCAGAUAAAAAUAGUAAUCCUGCUGAAAGUAGAGAAGACACAAACAUGACUCCAAAUGUGUGUUCUCCUGAAUAUACAUGUACUAAAAACACAAACAUGACUCCAAAUGGGUGUUCUCCUGAAUAUACAUGUACUAAAAACACAAACAUGACUCCAAAUGUGUGUUCUCCUGAAUAUACAUGUACUAAAAACACAAACAUAACUCCAAAUGUGUGUUCUCCUGAAUAUACAUGUACUAAAAACACAAACAUGACUCCAAAUGUGUGUUCUCCUGAAUAUACAUGUACUAAAAACACAAACAUGACUCCAAAUGUGUGUUCUCCUGAAUAUACAUGUACUAAAAACACAAACAUGACUCCAAAUGUGUGUUCUCCUGAAUAUACAUGUACUGAAAACACAAACACAAACAUUGAUGAUAAAGGAGUCAAUAAAUCAUAUUUGUCAAAUUCAAAUGAGGACCAACCAAAAUCUCAUUUAGGAUCAGUAUUGACCAUUAAUAUAAACCAUGACAGUAUUAAUAUACAGGAAUAUUCCAAGUUGGUUGAGGGUAAUUCAUCUAUUCAUCACAGUGUUGAUUUGGAUAUGGGACAGGAAGAAAAAAAAUCUGCAGACAUAGUAGAGGAUGUAGCAGAAAAUAACAUUAAUACUACAAAGUUAGACGAUAAUAAUGUAAUAUCACCUAAGGGAAAGGAUCUGUCUAAAAGCAUAUGUGUAAACAAGACAGAGCCUUAUAAUAAUGAAAUCACAUGUAAACAGAACAUUCAUAAAGAUAUUUCCUGUCAUAAAAAUGAUCUCAAAAGUAUGACUCAUUGUGACAUUCUGACAGAAAACAAUGAAACGACAGAUAAACAGAUUCAAGACCAUGCUUCAACAUCUAAUCUGUCUUAUAUUCCAAAUGAUGUCAGUAGUACUGACAGUCUAUCUCAGAAUGAUCUCAGUUUACCGUCUGUAGGAGAACAAACCAAUGAUUCUAUUGAGAAGGAAAGUCACAGGAUAAAUUGUUAUUUUGCUAAGGAUUUACAGACAGAUAAAAAAUGUGAGAUGGAAGAAAAAGAUGCUUUGUUAGAAGAACACUUUCCUGUUAAAUCUUUAAAUGAUCUGAAUUUUUCUCCCGAUUCAUUUCAUAUAUCAAAUGAAAGUAUAAGUCAGAAUACAUGUACACAAAAAAGUAUUAUCAAAGAUUCUGAGUCUGUGUUGUGUAUGUCACAGAAGUUCACUGAAAGCAAUUCAUUUUCUGAAAAUCAGCUUUAUAAAGAAAAGAUGACAGAAAAUAAGAAUAACUUUUACCAUUCCUAUGGAAAUACGAAUCUUGUUUCAACUGAUUCUCAAAAGACUUGUUUUAAAAUAAAAACUGCUUCUGAGUCUGCAAGCAACUUGAGAUCUGCAGAUAAUUUUGGGACUUUGCUGCAUCAGGAUGUAAAUGAACAGGACAGUAUAUACAUGCUGAAUGAUACCUGUGAAUCAGUAGAACAGAACACAAGUGUACAGGAGUAUAGUGAAAAAGAAUAUUACAUCACUGAUAAUAUUUCACAAACAACUGACAAGGGAGAUAAUUUGUCACAGAGUAGUACAAUGAAAACAGCUUUAACAAACAGUCAGUGUCAGCCAGACAAUUAUAAUUCCGAUUCAGAAGUUGUUAGUUGGAUAAGAAAUAAAGAACGAAUAACGCUUUCUAAAGACCAGAAAAAACAAGGAAAACAUGAGAUGUUGGACAGUGAGAACUUUGUAAGGGGAGAUAACUCACCAACCUGUAGGAAGAACUUUGUUAGGGAAAAUUUCUCUUCUGAAUUGCAGAACUUCAUGAAAGAAGAUUACUCUCCAGAUUAUAGUGAGAACUCAGUAAAGGUAGAUUAUUCUGCUGAUUAUAGGGAAGACUUUGCAAGGGGAGAUUAUUGUGCUGAUAAUCGAGAAAGUUCUGCAAGGGGAGACUACUUUGCAGACUGUAACCCUGAAAAGAGAGAUUUCUCCCCAGAAUAUUCCAUGAAUACAAAGAACAAGAUGAAACCUUCAGUACAAGGUCUAAGUGACCAUGACUUACAACAUCCAGAUGAUAUUUUUGAAAAGAAGAACCAAAUGAUAGUAAGACCAGCCUAUGUUGGUAGUGAAGAAUUACCUAUAAAUGGUCAGAUACAGAACCAAAGUGACUUGAGAUGUACUGCCUCAGAGAAACUGGAGAGUUAUACAAUGAGAGGAAGUGUCACAAGUGGUGCAGCCAGAAGAAAAGAUAACCAAGAGACAGAACCAAUGACAGAAGAUGAGAGUUUCUACAUUGACUUGAAUGAUGACAAACCAAGAUUAAAAAAGGGACAAAGGUCAUCAAUAAUGUUCCAGUUUCUGUCUUCACCUGCUCAGUUUGUACCUAACACACCAGAAUUCCUCAAAUCAUUAACGACAAGAGGGUCAUCACAACACUCAUCAGGAAAGUAUUCUCAAGAAGAACUGGUAGUAUCAGGAGAUACAGAUUAUUUGGACUUUGACAACAUUACUGAGUCUGAUCUGAAGUCACCCAGAUAUCUUAUCUACAGUAAUCAGAUCUUACAAAGAGGUUCAUUACAACAGGUUGUUGAAAACGAAAAUCAAUCACUAUUUUUGAAAAGUACUGUUAGUCAACAGAGAAAAAUGAGAAUACCUUUGGUGUCUGCACCUGAUGACAUCCUGACAGAAAAUGGUGAUAACAGUUCUGUUCCCAGUUCUAAAUCAGAUGAUGAUGAGGAACAACCAGGUUUAUUUAAUAAAGAUAUGAUUAAAGAUAAGUUAGAUAAUGACAAAUGCCUCAGAAACACGAAAAACAUGUCAAACAUAAAUGAAAGUGAUAGUCAUAUGAGUUCACCUACAUUAACUUACUGGGAAAACAAAUUAUUAGAAAGACAAAAGUGUGGUAACAUAUUUAUAAAGAAUGAUCAAGAAUCAUCACAAAGUAGCUCUGAGAAUCGGGAUGCAAAAGAUAAAUGCCAUUAUGUAAAUGAUAAUUAUAAAAACCAAUAUGCAGAUAGAAGUGGUCCUUUUAAUUCCAAUAUAAUUUGGUUCAGUAAUUCAGUAAAACAGAACCAAGAACAGCACACAGAUAAAGUUAGAAAUGAUGAUGACCAAGGGCAUAAAUGUAUUAAAGUAAAUGUUGGAGGGAAUUCAUUUCAUACAAUUUCAACUAUAAAUCCUAAAAUAGAAACAUGUGAAAAUAAUAUUUUAAAAGAAGAUAAAAACCAGGGAUCAAAAUGGGGAAAGUAUGCUGAUUUUGAUGAUGAAGAUGACGACUUUUUAACCUUUGAUCAGUCAUUUAGUGUACCAGGUGUGACUGACCAAGCAGAGACACCUACAAUUUCAUUACGGCCUUGGACGAAACACAAUGAGACAUUUAAUGGUGACGAGUCAUUAGAUGUUCCAGAAUUGACUGACCAUAAAGAGAAUCCUGUAAUCUCAUUACAGCCAUGGACAAAAUGUAAUGAUAGAUUUAGCAUGCCCAACAUGCCUCUUCAAGCAGAGAAACACACUUUCUCAUUACAGCCUGAAAAAAGUCAAGACAGUUUUGAUUUUUCAGAUUCAAACCCAUCAGAUGCAAUUAAAGAAAGCCGGUCUUUUAACAAGAAUGAACUCAUUGUUUCAUCUCAGAAAUUUCAGAGCACUUCACACAACAUUAAGGAGCAAUUUUUGUCCAGGCAUAUAUCAGAAAAGCAAUAUUUAUCUCCAGUUAUAGCAUCUUCAAAAUCAAACAGAUAUCAGAUUGCAAACAAUCAGAAUUUUAACCAAAAUACACAAUCCACAAUAACUAGAACAAAUGAACCAAACUUUUCAUAUGGAAAUCCUUCAAAUGUAGAAUCUAUGGAGGAGGAUUCUGUAGCAUGUGUUCCUUCUAGUGAUAACUACAAUCCAGUGAAGAGAUUUAAAUGUCCAGUACCACAGCUUACAUCUUGUAUUCUGAAAGGAACAAAGAGAAAUUUAGGAUCAGAUUUACAGUUCCCAAGUAUACAAGAAAUAACAGAAAACAGUCAACUAGUUAGAGAGAUAGAGAUUCCUACUAGAUUUACCUCCCUUGGUAACUACAAGCAAGUCUUUACAGCUGCUCUAAAAGAACAUUUGAACAUUAUCCUGUUUGAUCUUGGUGUGAAGUAUCAUCAUGCUUUAUCUAAAAUAGAUACCACCUCAUAUCUUCCAACAGUGCAAGGUAAAGAAAAUAAGGAAACAGUAAACAGUAACCCAUUCUGUAAAUGUGGAGCUCCAUCAAAGAUGAUACAAGUUAAAAAGUCUGGUCCCAAUCAUAACAGAUUCUUCUAUGCUUGUAACGCUGCUAGGAACAGUCAAUGUAAGUUUUUCCAGUGGGCUGAUGAGAAAGGAGGUGGACAGAACAAGAAAUGUGGAAUAGACAAACAAAUAAUGUCUGACCCAGCCUCCAUUUCUACAUUCAUAAAAAGUCAUCAUCUGUACUUCUACUGUGAUUGUACAUUUAUAAAGAAAUCAACAGAAAACAUCAUGACACAUUUCAGGAGGAACACACCAAAUUGGGUAAAACAGAAGAUGGGUAUGGAUAUUACAGGCAAGAAAAAGAUGUACAUACAACUAUCAAGGAAAGAUAACUCAGGUUUAUACUCCAAAGAUGAUCUAUGGAUAAUAUCCAGACAUCUUGACUUCCGUCCUUCGUCCACUGUUCUGUGUAAGAGUACAUAUUAUGGACCAACAUCAGGGAAUGAGGUAGAGAUAGAGCCUAUAGCCAGUUUCUGUCCAUCUAACUGGUCUAAUGGAGAGAAAUGUCAUGCCAUACUAGCAGGAAACGUGACUGGAGAACUAAGUUAUCUGGUGAACUUAGAGGAAAAUGUCACUAUAACAGAUGUUCCUGUGUUGCAGUCAUUACUUGCUAGCAAUACAGAAAGAAGCUCCUCCACAUUUACUGCUCCUAUUAAAGUCUCAGAGAAUACCAAUAUUUAUGUUCCAGAAAAUUAUGUGGAUGAGAAGGUAGAAGAAUUAAUAGACCUGUAUAAACUGAAUGAGGAUCAGUCUACAGCAUUAAUUAGAGUGGCCAGAAUGUUUACUGACCGACAGAAAGAUAUCUUACUUAUACAUGGUGUGUUUGGAGCUGGUAAAAGUUUCCUGUUGUCAGUAGUGGUCGUAUUUUUAGUUUGGCUAUUUGAGAGGAAUGAUACAUACACCCCUGGAGUUCCGUUUCCAUGGAAACUUCUAAUAGCAUCUACCACUAAUGUUGCUGUAGACAGAAUACUAAAUGGAUUAUUAGCCAUUGAAUUUGAGGAGUUUGUAAGAGUUGGUAGUGUUAAAAAAAUAUCCAAACCUAUAUUACCCUUCAGUGUACAUGCCACUGGAUCGGACAGUCAGGAACUGAAAGAUCUACAAAUGAUGUUACGUAGUGGUGAACUUACAGCUACAGAGAAACAAAAUGUCAAGCAAAGUAUUGAGAAACACAAACUUGGAGAAAAUAAAAAGAAACUGAGUAAAGUGAGAGUUGUUGGAGUAACUUGUGCUUCCUGCUCAGCUAAUUCUCUCAAGGAUAUGAAGUUUCCUAUAGUGCUGUUAGAUGAAUGUUCACAGAUGACUGAGCCAGCCUCUAUGUUACCUGUGGCAAAGUUUAAAUGUCAGAAACUGGUUCUAGUUGGUGACCCAAAGCAACUAGAUCCUACAAUACAAGGCAGUGAAACAUCAACAGUACAUGGACUGGAACAGACUCUCUUUGAUAGAAUUACACUUAUGGGUCACAGUCCUGUCAUGUUACACACACAAUACAGGUGUCAUCCAUACAUCAGUCAAGUUUCCAACUCUCUCUUUUAUAAUAAUGUAUUAAGGAAUGGAAUUUCUGUAGAGGACAGGGAUCCAGUCAUGGAUGAGUUACCUGCCCUUUGUUUUUAUGAUGUAUGUGAUGGCAUAGAAAUCAAUGACAGAGAUGGAAGCUUUUACAAUGAAAAAGAGGCACAGUUUAUUAUGUUUCUGAUUGAAAUAUUGGUUGGCCAAGAUGUAAAUCCUGACAGGAUUGGAGUUAUCUCUCUUUAUAAAUCUCAGAUGUAUAAAAUUACAAACUUACUCGGCAGCAAUAAAAACUGUAAAGAGUUAAAAGGAGUAAUGGUUUCUACAGUUGACGCUUUCCAAGGAGGAGAGAGAGACGUGAUCAUACUAUCUUGUGUCAGAACCAGAAAUGUGGGAUUUAUUGAUAACAAAAAGAGAACCAAUGUUGCCUUGACCAGAGCCAAACAUCAUCUAUUGAUUGUGGGUAAUGAAAAUAACCUUACCAAGAAUAAACUGUGGCAUCAAAUCAUACAGCAAUGUAAAGAUUCCAGUCCCCAAGGAUUACAGAGUGCAGACAUUAUCAGAGAAAGAUUAAAAUUAGAACCAAAAUCUACUGAAAGUUCACGGAAGAAAAAACGUAACCACAACAACCAAGAAAUAUUUACAGAUGAUGCUUCAAGUAGUCCACCGAUGUCUCUUACAGGUAUAGAUUCUUGUAAAUCUUCAUUAUCAACAGAUAGUUUUAAUAUACAGCAACUGGAUCCUGAGUUUGUUUCUUUAGAGAAAGGGGACCAGUGUUCAGAAGUGAUGGACUUCAAGGAUGGUCUUACUUUUAAGGUACCAGGUAGUGUUGGUCUUAGACAAAGAAGAAAGAGGAGAAAAAUAGACCUGUCUUUGUUGGAGAUUGAUGAAAACUAUAACAGCGAUGAUGAAGAAUUGCCUAAUAUAUUUAAUUCUUGAAGAAACUAAAUUAUUUAUUGAACAGUACAUGUUGUUAAAACAAAUAUGAUAGGGUAGACAAUAAAUACAGGAUAUACACAGAUAUUUUGUAUUUAAAGCCAUGUUGCUUAUGAAAUUUGAGGUUGGGCCCUCAAUAAGGUCAUAUUUUUUCAUAUAUAGUUUUGUUAUGGAGAUAAUUACUAAACUAUGUUACACAUUUAUGUUGUUUUGAAUGGAUUAGUGUUGUAUAAGAGUAAAUUGUGAGUCUGUUGUUAUAGAAAUGUAUAAUUCUAAUGCUGAUAAUAAACAACAAUAAUAAAGUU